CUGACGAGUACACUCAUAACUUCUCUCACAACUCGAACCCGAAAGUCAAUCACGUAAAGAUGUCAGCAUCGUUCGUCACCUGCCUGCUCGCCGCCCUCGCGGUGGCCGUCGUCGCGAUGCCGAGUGAUAUGAGGAAUCCCACCAAACUGGACAUCGCGACCGUCAUGAACAAGACCGUCUGCCCCAUCAAAGUGGACUUCGACGAGGACCCGAACCGGGUGCCGAAGCGCAUCAAAGUGUUGAAAUGUGAAAAGGACCCUAACCUGUGGUGCUCCAAGAUGCACAUACCGAAGUAUGAAUGCUGCCAGCACCAGCAUGACAACGUGAAGUUGGAGUGCGUGGAGAUCACGGACUGGGUGCAGGUGUACUACCCGGAGAGCAAGCAGACGCAGAUGUACCGCGUGUCGGUGGGGUGCACCUGCGUGAUGGAGGAGGCGCCCGUACUGGGCAUGCCAAGCCCCGCCAGGUGACCGGCCUGAAGCGCCCGCCCCCGCCUGCCUCUAGUGCUCUAGUGUUGAUAACAUGGUUGUGAUGCCCCGCGGCUUGUAAAUAAUUUAGACAAAUAUACCCCGACGCCCGGCGACGAGCCACCUCGCGCGACGGCUCUCCUGUG